AACAGACCAAUCGAUUGAUGUGAGAAUAUCGAGAAAUGUUUAUGAGUAGAAACGAGAUUUAAAUUACUCCUAAACUCCCCAAGUCACAUAUUGAGUGAAAAAGAGAGAGAGAGAGUGAGAGAGAGAGAGUUAGAGAGUGACAGAGUGAGAGAAAGAAAGAGAAAGAGAACGAGGUUUGAUAAAGUGUAAACAAUGUUACCCUUAUCUUUAUUAAGGACUGCGCAAAACCACCCUAUGUUGGUGGAACUAAAAAAUGGAGAAACGUACAACGGACAUUUGGUUAGCUGCGAUAACUGGAUGAACGUCAAUCUCAGAGAAGUCAUAUGUACUUCAAGGGACGGUGAUAAGUUCUGGAGGAUGCCAGAAUGUUAUAUAAGAGGCAGUACAAUAAAAUAUUUGAGGAUCCCUGAUGAAGUAAUAGAUAUGGUAAAGGAAGAUGUACAGAUGAAAUCCAGAGGACGUGGUGAGAUCAAAGGUAGAGGCCAGAGUCAGAGAGGACGUGGUGGUGGAAGAGGUACUUUUGGUAGAGGUGGAAGAGGACCAGCUCCAUUGGGUCGUGGAGGAGGGACACAACUGGGAAAUAAAUCACAAAAUAAACCAAGACCAAAAUAAAACAAUAUUGUUUAUUCAA